CUGGGGCUGUGUCAGGAGUUUGGAGGGCACAUUGGGAAGCCCGGCAGCUCCUGCUCUUACACCGGCUCUGGAGUUCCCAGGCGCGCAGCAGCUGCCCCAGCCUCUCUCCCCUGGCGGGCGGUGCGGGGACGGGCAGCUGAGAGCCCCGGGGCGAGCACCUUCCGCAGCCGGUGGUAUAAGGAAAUGCUAGAUCUAGUGAUAUCACCCAGCCUGACAGUAAAUAGAGAGUGCCACGAUAGACUGAAGCUUAACCUUUCUAACAUUUAUGCCACGGCUCCAGAUGACAUAGAAGGUAAGUCCAAGCAAAUUGCUCAUAGUGAAAUCGUUGUUGAAUCAGGUAACAGCAAAGCAGCAUCACAGUGUCCUCUCCAUCUCUACUCCACAGAACAUCAUCCCCAUAUAGUGACAGUCCCAUCUUUUCCAACAAUGGCAACCUAUGGACAGACCCAGUACAGUGCAGGAAUCCAGCAAGCCGCUACUUACGCUGCAUACCCUCCACCAGGACAACCUUAUGGAAUACCCUCCUACAGCAUCAAAACAGAAGAUAGUCUCAGCCAUUCUCCAGGACAGAGUGGGUUUCUUAGCUAUGGAUCCACCUUCAGUACCCCAACAACAGGACAAGCACCGUACACCUACCAGAUGCAUGCUAAACUAUCCAGGGACGCUCUGCAAAGAAAGAGGAAGGGAAUUGUUUUCCUGCCCAACCGGGAAGGGGUGGACAGACACACUGAGUAUAACUUGUCCUCUGGAUCUUAUUGGAUCUCUGCCCAGCUCAGAUCAGUCCUGCUGGUCACCCUGCUGUUGAGCCCACAAAGAACAUCAGGGAUUUACCAAGGAGCCAACGGCCUGACCAAUUCUGCAGGAUUCAGCACUGUGCAUCAGGAAUACUCGUCCUAUCCAAGCUUUCCUCAAAGCCAGUACUCUCAGUAUUACACCUCUUCCUACAACUCUCCUUAUGUAUCGGCGAAUAGCAUCAGUCCAUCAGCCAUCCCGACAUCCACAUACUCUCUCCAAGAAUCUUCACACAACAUCACUAGUCAAAGCACAGAAUCACUGUCUGGGGAAUAUGCAACCACACCAGUAAAAGAUACAGAAACAGACAGGCAACACCGAGGGUCUGAUGGAAAGUUACGAGGCCGAUCAAAAAGAAGCAACGAUCCUUCCCCUACAGUUGACAAUGAGAUUGAGCGGGUGUUUGUGUGGGAUUUGGAUGAGACGAUAAUUAUUUUUCACUCCUUACUCACGGGAACCUUUGCAUCCAGAUAUGGGAAGGACACCACAACGUCUGUGCGGAUAGGUCUUAUGAUGGAAGAAAUGAUCUUCAACCUUGCAGAUACACAUCUGUUCUUUAAUGACCUGGAGGAUUGUGACCAAAUACACAUAGACGACGUAUCAUCAGAUGACAAUGGACAAGAUCUAAGCACAUAUAACUUCUCAGCAGAUGGCUUUCACAGUUCAACUGCUGGUGCAAAUCUAUGUCUGGGCUCUGGAGUUCAUGGGGGAGUUGACUGGAUGAGGAAAUUAGCAUUCCGCUACCGUCGGGUGAAAGAGAUGUACAAUACCUACAAAAACAAUGUAGGAGGUUUAAUAGGAGCUCCUAAGAGGGAAACCUGGCUGCAGUUAAGAGCAGAACUGGAAGCUCUGACUGAUCUCUGGCUCACUCAUGCUCUCAAGGCUCUGAAUUUGAUACAUUCCCGGCCUAACUGUGUAAACGUGUUGGUCACCACAACUCAACUCAUACCAGCUCUUGCUAAAGUGCUGCUAUAUGGACUGGGCACAGUCUUCCCCAUUGAAAACAUCUACAGUGCAACAAAGACAGGGAAAGAGAGCUGUUUUGAACGGAUAAUGCAGAGGUUUGGGAGGAAAGCCGUGUAUGUUGUAAUAGGAGAUGGUGUUGAAGAGGAACAGGGAGCAAAAAAGCACAACAUGCCAUUCUGGAGAAUCUCCUGUCAUGCUGACCUGGAGGCUCUCAGGCACGCCCUGGAACUUGAGUACUUGUAGCAGACCCCAACGUCUCAGCGCUGGGCAAGCUUCACUCAGAGAGACAUCAGCUCAACCUAUUCUUUGGUAUUUUAUAUAACGGAUCCUACAACAAUUGCAGUCAUCUUUCUUCAAGGGGAACCCAUUGUAUGGAAGCCUUUAAAAAUCUGCAUCAGGAAAGCAAUGUAUCAAAUCCUUCUUCCAUUGGAUGGAGGGAAAAACCUUCAAAUCACCCAGUGGGGAUCUUUCAGUUUUAUGGCUAAAAUGGAUUCCUAGAGCUGAUACUGGACUCUUGACUGUUUUAUUGCCAUGUGAAUGACUUUGAAGCACACAAAAGACUAGAAGUCCUGGGUCUACUUGUCAGUUUUCUUGCUUUGAAAGGGGGGAAAAGGACACAGCAUGGAAUUCUGAGCAUGCUCACUGGACUCUUCAUUACAUCAUGUGGGACUUUCUGAAAAUAAGAGUGAAAUAGUUGGGGUUUUUUGUAUUUUUUUAAUUUAUGAACUAAUCUCAUUACUCUGGUAUUAAGCUCUGUAUCUGUGUUUUUAUCUUCUUUUGAGGGGGGAGGGCAGAGGGUCCUACAAUUCUAAUUUAAUAGUUCUUUUCUCCAUGAUAAACUCCAUGGACAAUCAUAUUGUGUACAUUAGUAUUGAGGACAUUUGGGACUGUUGGUAAGAAUUGUAGCUAUGUUUUUUAAAGCUGAUCUAGAUGGUAUGUGGAUUGUGCAUGUGUCUAAACGGUGCCUUAUGCUGCCAUCUUGUUUUCAGUGGGUGGGGAGAAGUAUCUUGUGAUGAAUGAAAGGCAUUAAAUAAAACUACGUUUACAUUUUGGGGGAAUAGAACAC